AUGGCUGAAGCAACAAGGUUUCAGAGUUCAAUUCGUGAAGCGGAGGAGCGAAUCAUGGCAGCGAUGGAUCCUUGCAUCGCCCGCCACAUGCGUGAACUGGAACUUCGGUUCGAGACGCAAUUCAAUGGUUUCCAGGAAGCUAUGCGUGGAAUUGGUUUGCAGGUCACCGACUUGGCUUCUGCACGACGUAGCAGAACACCAGGCGAUGGAGAUCACAGGAUGCCAACUCGCCUCACGAGGUUGGAUUUUCCGAAAUUCAGCAAGGACGAUGUCGAUUCUUGGAUCGCUAAGUGCGAGAGGUUUUUUGCGUUGGAUGGCACUCCUGAAGGCGAGCGUGUCGCUGUUGCCAGUAUCGCCAUGGACGAGAGCUCGUUCAGGUGGUUUCAGGGAUUGGAGCAAGGUACGGUGGGAAGAGUGACUUGGCCGGAGUUUGCGGCGGCGCUGCGAACACGAUUUGGGGUUGAAUUUGAGUCGCCGAUGGAGGAGCUCAAACGAUUGGUGCAACAGGGAAAUCUUGAGGAAUAUCAUGAAGCUUUUGACAAUCUUGCAUGUAGAACAGAGCUUUCUGAGUCGUUGAAGCUUCAGUGUUAUCUUGGAGGCCUCAAUCCUGAGCUAUGUACUGGGGUGAAGAUGUUUGGUCCUCGCACUCUGCUGGAAGCAAUGAGAAUUGCUAAAUUGCAAGAGAGAAGUUUGGAAUUGUUGCAUAAGAAAUCUAAUUCAGUGACCAAAACCUACAGCAAUUGGAGUGAAAGGAAGGGAGUAGCACCUGUAACAGUGGAGAAGAAGGCGAUUGAGAGGAAAACUGUUGGGGAAAACAACCAGAAAGGUAUUCUGGGCAAGCCAAAUUACACAUUCCAGAAGAAACUCACUCCUAAGGAGAUGGAUGAACAUCGUACUCAGAAUCUGUGCUUCUUUUGCCAUGAAAAGUACACUCCAGGGCAUGAUUGUCCCCAAAGAAAGAAGUCUCAGGUCUUCUUUAUGGCAGUAGAUGGUCUUGAGUCAGAAGAGCUUUUGGAGGAGGUGGAACAAGAAUCUCGACUUGAGGUAAAUGUUCCUAAAGUCUCUCUUAAUGCUUUGCAUGGUGAUUCAAUUUCUUUAGAUGCUUUGGAUGGUGAUUCAGAAUAUCCUAUGAUGAGAUUGACUGGUUGGCUAGGCAAGAAGAGAAUUUUUGUGUUGAUAGAUACAGGAAGUACACACAAUUUUAUUAACCAAAAAUUAUGCCAUGAGGGGUUGAGCAAGAUUAAGUGUUUGCAACCAGUAAAAAUAACAGUGGCAGAUGGGGGAAUCAUACAAGGCACUGGUUGGUGUGAGGGAAUUUCAUGGAAAAUGCAGGGUUACACUUUUACUGAUAAUGCAAUUGCUAUUCCUCUAAGUAGUUGUGACCUCAUUUUGGGUAUGCAAUGGCUUAGACAAAGGGGCAAAAUAUCAUGGGAUUUUACCAACUUGAUUAUGGAGUUUGCUAUGGGAACAGAGAUGGUCAGAUUGCAGGCCAUGGAGGAAAAAGAGAACAAGUUGGUCACUGCUGCCAAACUACACCAUAUGGUUGGGGAAGAUAAGUUUAGCUUCCUACUACAGAUUCUUCCUUGUUUUCAGGAAGUGGCUUGCUGUACCAUCAAGGCCACUGAAUCAGGGGAUUCUGGACUAUCUUCAGAAGGAGGGAAUGAGGAGUUGCAGGCUCAUAAAGAAGCAAUUUUGCAGGACUACAGUGAUGUGUUUGAGGAACCUGCUCAGCUGCCACCUUUUAGGGGCAUUCAUGAUCAUAAGAUCAUCCUUAAAGAGGGGUCAAAUCCUGUCUCUCUCAGGCCAUAUAGAUAUCCCCCUGCACAGAAAGAUGUCAUUGACAAAAUGGUGAAGGAACUGCUGGAAUCAGGGGUCAUUCAGCCUAGCUCUUCUCCUUUUGCCUCACCAAUUGUCUUGGUCAAAAAGAAGGAUGGAAGUUGGAGGAUGUGUGUAGAUUACAGAAAACUUAAUGACAUGACUGUGAAGGCAAAGUUCCCAAUCCCAUUGGUGGAAGAUUUAUUGGAUGAACUGGGUGGAGCUAAAAUUUUUUCUAAGCUGGACCUAAGAGCUGGCUAUCAUCAAUUGAGGAUGAGGCCUGAGGAUGUGGAGAAAACAGCUUUCCAAACACAUUCAGGGCAAUAUGAGUAUGUUGUUAUGCCCUUUGGACUCACAAAUGCUCCUUCAACGUUCCAAGGAGCUAUGAAUGCUAUCUUUGCUCCAUUUCUAAGAAAGAGUGUGCUCAUAUUUUUUGAUGAUAUCUUAGUGUAUAGUGCUACAGUUGAGGCUCAUUUGCAGCAUCUAAGAGAGGUGUUUGCUGUCCUUAGGAAGCAUUCCUUUUAUGUCAAAAGGAGCAAAUGUGCUUUCUUUACUCCUGUGAUUGAGUACUUAGGCCAUUUUAUUUCAGCCUCAGGGGUUUCUACAGAUUCCACAAAGAUCAAAGAUAUUCAGGAUUGGCCAGAACCUGUGACUAUUAAGCAGCUGAGAGGGUUUUUAGGGCUUACAGGCUACUAUAGAAGAUUUAUCAAAGGGUAUAGCAUUCUGGCUUCCCCAUUGACAGAUCUUUUGAGGAAAGAUGGUUUCCAUUGGUCAGCUGCAGCAUCAGCAGCUUUUCUCCAGCUCAAAAAUGCUUUGGUCCAAGCUCCUGUGCUUGCUAUUCCAGAUUUGCAGAAGCCUUUUACAGUGGAAACUGAUGCUUCUAGUACUGGAAUUGGUGUUGUUCUUCUACAGGACAAGCAUCCCGUGGCCUUUAUUAGUAAGGUCCUAUCCCCCAGAAAUAGACUCUUAUCAGUUUAUGAUAGAGAGCUAUUGGCUUUGGUCCAUGCAGUUACUAAAUGGCACCAGUAUUUGGCUAUUCAGCAGUUUACUAUUCUUACUGAUCAGCAAAGUUUGAAGUUUUUGUUGGAGCAGAGAUUAUCCACACCAGCUCAAUACAGAUGGGUCACUAAGUUGAUGGGCUUGUCUUAUGUGAUUCAGUACAAAAGGGGUAAAGAGAAUGUGGUGGCUGAUGCUCUCUCUCGAGCUUCACAUGGAGAGUUGUUCCAGCUCUCAGUUUCUUCCAUUUCCUCAGAAUUAUGGGGUUUACUCACUCAAGCUUAUGCAGCUGAUGAGGCUCUACAGCAGCUCAUCUCUCAAGUCCUAGCCCAACCUCAACUACAUGCUCACUAUUCUGUAGUGGAUGGUUUCUUGUUUAGGAAACAUAGGUUGAUGAUUCCUAAUAAUUCUCAAGUCAGAACAUUGAUUUUGGAAUGGCUGCAUUCUUCUCAUCAGGGUGGGCACUCUGGUAUAAGGGCUACUGUUGUUAGGAUUAAGUCCUUAUUUUUUCUGGAAAGGACUCAGUAA